AUGAUGCUCAUAUGCGAAAUGAAAAAGUUUACUUCGUUAAGUAACACAAAGCUUCUUCCAUUUGUAGCUGUAACCUUUGCAGUGCCUCAGGGUUACAAUCUGGGUGCACCUUCUGAAGGUGGACUCUCACAUGGAGGAUCUAUAGAUGGCGGUUCAGGUGGUACUGGAGGUGGUGCAGUAGUUGGAACUGAAAGUGGAGUUGGUGGUCCUAAUGGUGGAUGUCAGGAUGGCCAAAUUCUUCACGUGGAUGGAUCUUGUGUGACUCCCGUUAUCACCAGAAAAGUGUACUUAUAUGAUGCUCCUGAAGUACCCAAGGGCCCAGGCGGUCCUCCUCCGAGUGUGCCACCACCUAAAGUAGAACAUAACAUCCUGUUCGUACGUGUUCCUGAGGCUGCUCCACCACCUGAACCCAUCAUUGUUCCUCCAGCAAGGCAAGAAAACAUUGUCUAUGUUCUGAAUAAGCAGGAAGAGCAAAGUCAACAGGUGAUCGAGGUUACACCUCAUCCAGCUUCCGACCCAGAAAUCUAUUUCGUGAACUACCAAGAAGGAGAAAACCCAACCCUUCCUCUUGGAGUAGAUCUUGAGACUGCUCUCAGCGUUGCCAGUGCAGCUGGCGGUGACGUGAUCGGAGAUGGCGGAGCAGCUAUUGGUGUUGGUGCCGGAGGAUUAGGCGAUGGUGCUGGAGCCGGAGGUAUUGGAGGCGGCUUUGGAGAGAAUGGAGGAUUCGGAGGAGCCGAUGCCGGAGGAAAUGGUGGAUUUGGAGGAGCUGGAGUAGGAGAUAAUGGAGGAUUCGGAGGUGGUUUUGGAGGAGUGAAUGGAGGAAGUGGCGGCUUCGGAGGCAAUGGUGGCAGACCGUCAAACCUGUACACAAGCCCAUAA